AUGGAUCCAAUUGCUGAUCCAUCAAAUAUCAAACUUUAUUUGCCAAAAACAGAUAAUGCUAUUGUUGAUGCCUUUGAAAUGGCUGUCUCUUCCUUCCAAGUUUCCUCUAAAAUCGAAGGCGCAAAAUUUUUUAUUCCAACUAAUGCAGAAAUAUUAAAUUCAAAUAACUCAAAAGUUGAAGAAACUUCAAAUUCGGCAAAUCAGAAAGAAACACCUUUGGAUGAACCUAAAAAUCUACCAAAGUUUAACAUUUUAGAUAAAAGACCAAUUGACAAACCAAUUCAAAAUCAAGAGCCGAAGUCUAGACCUGUGUUAAAAGAAAAACCUAUACAAAAAGAAAACAAAACUGAAAAAGCAAAUAUAAAAUCGAAUGAUAAGCAGCAACAUUCUAAACCUAAUAAAGUAAACGAAAAUGAAGACAAAGACAUGAGUGAUUCAGCUAAAUUAACUCGACCAAACCCAAUAUAUGUUUCUCUACCAAAUGCUUUUCCACCUGAACCUCCAUCAAUGAUGGCACAAUCUACAAGUAAUGCAGUUACAUUUCCACCUCCAAUUCCUAUCGAUAAUGAUCCAAUUCGAAAUCAUAUGCUUCAUGCUUGGUAUUGGGCUGGCUAUUAUACAGGACUUGCAGAUGCUAGGCGAAAUCAAAAUAAUGUACUACCGAAAUGA